UAACAUUUUGUUCCGAGAAAGGCUGCCGUCGACAUAUCUCGUUCGCACGAAGAGGGAGGAGUGAUGGAAGCCCUGCAGAAGCUGGAAAGGGUUCAAAGCCUGCUGUCGUUGAUGGAGGCUCGAGGCCUCUCCUCCAGCCAUCGAGACGCCGAUCGCUUCCUCGCCGACUUUGUUCUCUUUCUGGAGUUCAUGCAGGUGCAACCAUGCGGGAUUCUCACUGUGGAGGACAGAUGCAGAAUAAUUUCUGAUUUUUUACCAAAGACUUCAUCUGAGGUUCGUGAAGAAGCUUUUAUCUUUGCUAAUAAGGAAGGCAUAGAAAAGAAAGAAAACAUUGGAUACAAUCUGAAAUUCAACUGCCAACAGAUUCAUACUGGGCCUUCGUUGCAGUCUUCUGUGGAAAAAGACCUGGAUAUUGAUUUAUCAAAAAUCAAAGAAACACCUAUGAUUGGGCUGGAUGCAAUGAAACGAGCCAAUUCCACCUUGGAGGAUUUUUGCAGGUCUUAUUUUAUGUUUCAUGGAUUGGAUGCUAGCAAACCAAGGGAGAUAUUUAAGUACCUUCCCAUUCUGUCCUUCACCGAGAGCUACAUAUAUCAGUUAGAUACUUUGAACGAGAAGGCUUUGCAUUUAUCAUCUAAGGUUGCAACAUCACCAACAACCGAGUUGAAUAAUUUGACCCAUCUGUGUAAUGAUGUUACGUAUCAUAAUGUGAGAAACAAUACAAAUGAAUUUUGCAGUGCUGAUCCUCUUAUUCGCCUUCUACAGUGUGAAGGGCUCUUAAGUGAGCGGAUAAGAAAAGAGCUUAAUUCAGGUAUUGAGUACUGGGCACUCGAAAGGAAGUUAUGUCAUGCAUUGUCAGGAAAAAAGAAGAAUUUUGUUAUUCAGAUACUAAUGGAAGAUAUUAUGAAAGCAAUUCAUCUAAAAUCCUUUGAUUAUCGGGUACUGAACCUUUUGUUGUACCAAUUGAGAGGCCAACAGGUUAAUGAGCUACAUAUGGAGUUUCUAUCAGUUUCAGAGUUUCUAGUUGAGAUCGCAGAUGAUUUGUAUGACUAUGAGGAUGAUGUAGUAGAAAACAGCUUCAACAUAUUACGUAUGUUUGUGGGGAUUUAUGGAGCUUCAACAGCACCGAGUAUGUUGGCAAAAUGUAUCGCUGAAGCCGAAGAAAAAUAUGAGCGCCUCAUAAGGACUUUGGAUCCUGAAUUGUCAUCGAGUUAUAGGAGAAGAUGUGAAGAAGCUACAAGAGAAGGAGGAGCGACUUCUGGACAUGCAUUUGGUACAUGGAAUAUACCUCCAGUAAUCGGUGAUGAGGAAUCCUUCAGAAUGGAAAGGUUGGCAGUGGGGGCCGGGCAGGAUUCUUCGUAUGCCACUGCGAGUGGCAUUCAUGCAAAGACCAAAUUUUGUGAAAAAUUACGGCGGACAUCCUAAACACCACCACAAGGCUAGCAUGACGAUGCGAUUGCAAUGUUCGAUGGUUCGGAUGAUUCUACUUCCGAGUAAUGCCCUACAAACUAAUGACGUGAGUUGACUCCCCACUUAGUAUCGACUAUUAUCGAAGUUUAUCAGCUCGGAUAAGUUCUCUCUGAACCCUAUGGAUCUUGCAUUAUCUUUCCUUCUUUGUUACUAGGAUUCAUCAAGCAUUCCCUCAAUUUAGUUUUGUAAGAUUUUCUACUGAAUUGAACUUGAAUCAAAGUUAGCUUUGUAAUAACAGUAAUUGAACUUUUUAUUUCCUAAAUUUAAAUGAGCAAAAUAUAAAAAUUACUAA